GAUGACCACAAUGUGAGGAACUGUUUUAAAGGGCCACAGCAUUGGGAAGGUUGAGAACCAGUGGCCUAGAUGGACCUGAGAUGGCUUUCUGAAACUCAUCUGUGACAUGUGUCCCUUGGGUCUUUCCUCUAGGACUCGGAGCUGUUUAUUAAAAUAUAAUGAGAGACUAGAGAGAUAACUUGGUAAGAGUGCAUGUUGUGCAAGCAUGAAGACCUGAGUUCGAAUCCCUAGCGUCCAUGUGGAAAAGUGGCCAUAUGUGCUUAUAACCCCAGGAUUGCGGGGGUGGGGUAGGAGGGUAGAGGCAGGUAGAUCAUGGGAUCUCACUAGUCAGCUAGCCAGCCUAACCUACAUGUCUCAGUAAGAGAGCCUGUCUCGGGGGAUAACUUGGAGAGUGACAGAGGAGAACACACCUCCUCUGGUCUUUGCAUGAACCCACACAUGUAUACUUACACACAUAUAACACACACACACACACACUCACUCACACUCACGCAUGUACACAGAAAAUGUAAUAAGCUGAGAGAUGAUGGGGGAAACAUCAGCACUAAAAGCACUGACCUUAGCUUUUGCUAAGAAAUGGGAAUCCAUGUUGCCUGCUUCAGACCUGGCCAGGGAAGGAACUACCUUUGGCACACCAGUCUAUAAACCACAUUGAGUUCCCUGGCUAAAAAUCACCUGUGACAGAUCCCAGGUCCCAAAGAGUAGACGAGAUUUCCUCUUUGUGCUCCAUCUCCAAGAGCCUUGGUGACCUGCUUACCUCAACCUGUCACCAGAACCCCACCUUCUCACUGGGGGCUCUGGACUCUCUACUACUCCCACCCCCCAUUUUUGAAGAGAAAGCCAAGACACUUUUUUGCUCAGAACCAUUAGUGUUGAGCCAUAUGGACGUGAGGCCAAUGGAGUUUCUUUAAAAGCAUUCCUGUACAGGGUUUGCAUAGCAAAUCUGAGACCCUAGGUUGGAUUCUCCAGAAUUCCCCCCCCCCAAUAAAAAGGCAACCUUCUGCUUCUGGGUGGGAGUGGGGUGUAAACAAACACCUUUAAUUAAGACCAUUAGCUGGUGGGGUGGCAAAGAAACUUGGCUGGAGGAAUUUGGUCAGCUGGACUCUGCCUUCGGUAGAACCCGGAGCCCCACAUGUUUCCUUUGUUAAGCUGGCCCACAGUUUGUUUUGAGAAUGCCUGAGGGGCCCAGGGAACCAGACAAUUAAAAGCCAAGCUCAUUUUGAUAUCUGAAAACCACAGCCGUCUGAACGUGGGAGGUGCUGGGAGAGCUUAACUCUGUCCCUGCCUCUCCGCCCCCCACCCCCCUUGGGUCACCUGGGAGUGCCAGCAGCAAUUUGGAAGUUUGCUGAGCUCGAGAAGUCUUGGGGAGGGCUCACUCUGAGCACACCCCUUUCCCCCUGGAGAGGGGGGUAGGAAACAUGGGACCAGCCCUGUUUCAGCCCCUCCUUAUUGGCUGGCAUGAGGCAGAGGGGCUUUAAAAAGGCCACUGCAUCUAGGCUGGGGACUGGAGCCUGUGCUAGGGACUGCCCUCCAUCUGGCACCAUGCAGCUCUCACUGGCCCAGUGUCUUGUCUGUCUGCUUGUUCAUGCAGCCUUCCCUGCUGCGGAGGGCCAGGGGUGGCAAGCCUUCAAGAAUGAUGCCACAGAAAUCAUCCCUGGGCUCAGAGAGUACCCUGAGCCUCCCCAGGAGCUGGAGAACAACCAGACCAUGAACCGGGCCGAGAACGGAGGAAGACCUCCCCACCAUCCCUAUGACACCAAAGACGUGUCGGAAUACAGCUGCCGUGAGCUGCACUACACCCGCUUCGUGACCGACGGGCCGUGUCGCAGCGCCAAGCCGGUCACCGAGCUGGUGUGCUCCGGCCAGUGUGGCCCCGCGCGCCUGCUGCCCAACGCCAUCGGCCGCGCGAAGUGGUGGCGCCCGAACGGACCCGACUUCCGCUGCAUCCCGGACCGCUACCGCGCUCAGCGGGUGCAGCUGCUGUGCCCCGGGGGCGCGGCGCCGCGCGCGCGCAAGGUGCGUCUGGUGGCCUCCUGCAAAUGCAAGCGCCUCACACGCUUCCACAACCAGUCGGAGCUCAAGGACUUCGGGCCCGAGACCGCGCGACCGCACAAGGGUCGCAAGCCACGGCCCCGCGCCCGGGGCGCCAAAGCCAACCAGGCGGAGCUGGAGAACGCCUACUAGAGCGCUCCCGCGCCCACGCAGCCCCCGAGCGAUCCGACUCGUUUUCAUUGUAAAGCCUGCAGCCCAAGCCAAGGGCACCAAACCUUCCAGGCCAUGCGCGGAGUCCCCAACCCGUAGAGUCCCCUCGCCCUCCUGCCUGCUGCGGACUGUUCCCCCAGGCCAGGAGAGGGAGCUGAGUCAUAGACACUGAGCCACUCUGCCCAACCCUGGGGGAGGGGUUCGGGGGGAGGGGAGAGGUGGAGGACCCUCUACGGGACAAGGUAGCAUUUUCACCAUAAAGGGAGGGGAGUGUGAAAGAACCCGGUUACGGAAGUACAGUAAGAUUCCCCCACCCCCACCCCGCUGUGUGCAAGAGCACGGGACUAGAUAGGGGUUUGGGCCCUGGCUUGGCCACUGAGUGUGAGGUUGAGCUACGUGGUUUUCUUUUUGGUACCUCAGUGUCUCCUUUGUAAAAUAUGGGUCAGGGUGAGAGUAAGACUCUCCAAGGACUCUGCUGAGAUUCCAAGGACAUGGGCAGAUGGACGGGACAGGGAGCGAGCCAGGGAGAGAGAGAGGGAAAGAGAUUUCUGGUUGGUAACUUCCUAGAAGAGGCUGUUGAUUCCUGGCCUGGCCUCCCCAGAUGUUUGGCUACCCCCACUCCUUCAUCUCAAGUUUGCCUUCAACUGGGAUUGGGGUCCCAGAGAUGGUGGAAGGGACAGAAAUCGCAACCCUGUUCCCCAAAGCUCGGUUUCCUGCCCCUACAGCCUUGACACAUUUUAAAGGGGUUUUCUACACACAGAUGAAGGUCCUUGGGGGGAAACCGGGCUUGCCAGCCACUUCCAACCAAAGAUGUCUCUUCCAGGACAGCUCCUCCCGCCUGCCACCCACGGACACAUUUCUGUCUAGGAAAACAGCUUCUUCGUGCUCUCCUUCGUGAUGGCAUAUCUUACAUGAAAAAUAGUGUGUGGGGUGUGGGGGGGAGGGGAACAAGUGCUGUACAUAUGCUGAGAGGUCGUGAGGCGCCACAGCCGCCACCCACAAAUCUUUUUGUAAAUCAUUUCCAGACACCUCUUACUUUCUGUGUGGGUUUUAAUUGUUAAAAAGGGAGGGGGGGGGAGAAAAGAAUGUUUGUAACCACGUUGGAGGAGGGAAGCCCCUGGGGCUAGCCUGGUGGGUUUGGCAAACUCUCCAUGUGGGACUCAUCCACAAGAAUGGAAGUCGUGGUUUUUAAAGAGUUCAGUGACAUAUUUAUUUUCUCAUUUAAGUUAUUUAUGCCAACGUUUUUCUUGUAGAGAAUGACAGUGUUAAUAGCGCUUUGUGAAACACAAGUGUGUUUUUUUGGCGACCGGAGGCAUUGUUAAUAAAGACAAUGAAUUAUGAUCAGGA